AAUCUGCCGAACCAAAGAGUCGACGAUCUAUAUCGUGCGAAGACAAGACAUUUCCCUGAACCGCGAAAUACCAAAUCCAGAUUCUCCUUCUUGGAGAAAGCAAUCGCAUCGAACCACCGACCCUUUGCAGUUGUUUCCGGCAAGCUUGAGAGAGAGAGAGAAUGGAGAAGACGACCAUGGCCGUUGCUCUGUUACUGUUUGUUUCUGCCCUUGCGCUCUCAAACGCCGAAGAAGCCUUCGACGUUCGGCAACGUGUCUGCACUGCGACAAGGUAUGGUGUUGUGAAAGACAUAUUGAACAAUUCAUCUGUACCUUCUAGCAUACCAGACCAAUGUACUCCAAUCCAUUUAAAUCUUGUGGCAAGGCAUGGAACUCGAGCCCCUACCAAGAAAAAAAUAAAAGAGUUAAACAAUUUAGCCAUGCGCAUGGAAAUCCUUCUACAAGAUGCAAAAGAACGAAAAUUAUCUUUGGAGCAAGUUCCUGCCUGGUUCUGGGGAUGGGAGUCUCCAUGGAAAGGGAAGCUCAAAGGUGGGGAAUUAAUUAGUGAAGGAGAAAAUGAAAUGUAUAAUCUAGGGAUCAGAGUCCGGGACAAGUUUCCGCAACUUUUUGGUGAGGAUUACCAUCCAGAUGUAUAUGCAAUAAAGACAACUCAGAUUCCUCGGGCAUCGGCUAGUGCAGUAGCAUUUGGCAUGGGGCUGUUUAGAGGGAGAGGAAAUCUUGGACCAGGGCUUCAUCAAGCUUUUGCAGUAACCAGUGAAAGCCGUGCUAGUGAUAUAUGGCUGAGAUUCCAUGAUUGUUGUCAGAACUACAAGGCCUUCAGGAAAAGUCAGGAACCUACUGUUGGUAAGAUUAAGGAACCCGUGUUGGCUGAAAUUACAUCUGCAUUAGUGAGGCGUUAUGAACUGAACUUUACAACAGCGGAUUUGUCAUCGCUCUGGUUUUUGUGCAAACAGGAAGCAUCCUUAUUGAACAUAACUGAUCAAGCUUGUGCCUUGUUUACUCCAUCUGAGGUUGCUUUACUGGAGUGGACAGAUGAUUUGGAAUUGUUCAUAUUAAAGGGUUAUGGUAAUGCAUUGAACUACCGUAUGGGAGUGCCCUUGCUUGAAGAUGUUUUUCUGUCCAUGGAACAAGCAAUUAAGGCUAAAGAAGAAAGACAUCCUCCUGGAAGUUAUGAAAAGGCAAGAAUGCGGUUUGCUCAUGCUGAAACUCUGCUUCCAUUCUCAUGUCUCAUUGGGCUCUUUCUUGAAGGAUCUGAGUUUGAAAAAAUACAGAAGGAACAACCCUUGGAAUUGCCUCCAAAGCCUCCUCAGAGAAGAAAAUGGAGGGGCAGUAUAGUGGCACCUUUUGCUGGUAAUAAUAUGCUGGUACUUUACAGUUGUCCAGCCCAGUCUUCGAGCAACUACUUUGUGCAAGUACUGCAUAAUGAACAUCCCAUUCCCAUGCCAGGUUGUGACAAUUCUGAUUUCUGUCCACUUGAAAUUUUCAAGGAAAGAAUAGUUGCUCCUCAUUUAAAGCAUGACUUCAACGCGAUGUGUAAUUUGCGAGGAGCAGAACAACCGGAGCAGAAGCCUCCCACAAGCAAAUUGUUACAAAUUUUUCGUUGGUUCUUUCCUCUAGGGAGCGACAACACACUAACUGCCAAAGAGAAUGCUUCUUAGCUUAAUUAUCAUAUAGAAGAGGAUGGUGACUACUACUAGCAGAGAUUCAUUUUAACUUUUCAAGCCCAUAUAUAGCUCUCAUACUACUAAUCCCCCCGUGGUGGUCUGAUCUCAAAGUUUUGGCUUUAGAGCAUCUGAAACUGGAACAAGAACUGUAUCGUGUUCCAUUGCUUGUUUAGAGGGACCUGGAAGUUGUAAACCUCAUAUAUCCAGAUUGCCCAGUGGCGUCUGUACUUGCCAGUGCCUCUGUUAUUCAAUAUUUAGAUUGCCUCUGAAUUUAUUUAUGCACACUGGACUCUUCAGUAGCCUUAUUGCAUGCUCCGCAUCUGAAACUGAAACUCCAACUGUACGCCUUAAUAAUAGGGAAAUUUUAAUUUCUGUGAGUUACUUUGUAAAAAGUUAUUUUUGUAAGAACAAUCGUGAUUAAUCUCUUAAUAAUUCUAUUUUCUUUUUCUGGUUUU